CACCUAAUGCGUUCUUCCUCAGGAACGGGCACGCUGCCGGCCCGUUGCCGCCCUCCCUCUUUUGCUCAGGGAAGAGCCAAGCUGGUGACUUCAGGCGGAGUCAUGAAUUCCUUGCAUCACUGGGGUUGCAGGGAAGCAUCGUGAGACGCUUCCGGAAGGAGAACCGCCAGUUUGAGUGUGGCCGGAGGAGGGGCAGCCCCAGGAGGACAGCCCCUGCUGUCCUAUAGGGAGGGCUCUGGGGGGCAGGGCCACCCGGGAGACAGGACAGGAGGCUACUAAUACGCCUGCUGCCGGCAGCAGGGCAGCCUUACUGCUCGAUGAAGCUGCUUGUCUACGCUGUCCGCCUCCGAGGGCUUGCCAAGCAGGCGGCCGCUUGGGAGCGUCUGGGGCCCAGGAGCUCCCCCAGUCCCGGGCAGAGAUGCUGGGCUUCCACGAAGGCUGCUGAAACCAGGUCUGAUCUGCUGUCUCGACCCUGUGUCACUGCAAGGAUCAUGCGGCCGGAUGAUGCCAAUGUGGCUGGCAACGUCCACGGUGGGACCAUCCUGAAGAUGAUCGAGGAGGCAGGAGCCAUCAUCAGCACCCGGCACUGCAACAGCCAGAACGGGGAGCGCUGUGUGGCCGCCCUGGCCCGUGUCGAGCGCACCGACUUCCUGUCCCCCAUGUGCAUUGGCGAGGUGGCGCACGUCAGCGCGGAGAUCACCUACACCUCCAAGCACUCCGUGGAGGUCCAGGUCCACGUGAUGUCGGAAAAUAUCCUCACAGGUACUAAAAAGCUGACCAAUAAGGCUACCCUGUGGUAUGUGCCCCUGUCACUGAAGAACGUGGACAAGGUCCUGGAGGUGCCUCCAGUUGUGUACUCCCGGCAGGAGCAGGAGGAAGAGGGCCGGAAGCGGUAUGAGGCCCAGAAGCUGGCGCGCAUGGAGACCAAGUGGAGGAACGGGGACAUCGUCCAGCCUGUCCUGAACCCAGAGCCCAACACGGUCAGCUACAGCCAGUCCAGCCUGAUUCACCUGGUGGGGCCUUCCGACUGCACCCUGCACGGCUUCGUGCAUGGAGGUGUCACCAUGAAGCUCAUGGACGAGGUGGCCGGAAUCGUGGCUGCGCGUCAUUGCAAGACCAACAUAGUCACUGCCUCCGUGGACGCCAUCAACUUUCACGACAAGAUCAGAAAAGGCUGCGUCAUCACCAUUUCUGGCCGCAUGACCUUCACGAGCAACAAGUCCAUGGAGAUCGAGGUCCUGGUGGACGCCGACCCCGUGGUGGACAACUCACAGAAGCGCUACCGGGCGGCCAGUGCCUUCUUCACCUACGUGUCCCUGAGCCAGGAGGGCAAGUCGCUGCCUGUGCCCCAGCUCGUGCCCGAGACCGAGGACGAGAAGAAGCGCUUUGAGGAAGGCAAAGGGCGGUACCUGCAGAUGAAGGCAAAACGGCAGGGUCGACCAGAGCCCCAGCCCUAGGGGCCGCCCCACGCUGGGCCCGGAGAGGCCCCAGAGUCCAGUCAUGUAGAAUCCACCCCCUUGGCCAAAAACCCAACCCACACUGAG